AUGAUGAGGUUCUCUUUAUUGAAAUCAGGCGAUGACUGUGCCGCGAAAAAGAUGAUGACCUGCAACGACAGGCGAUCAUGUGCUAACCCAUGUAAUGGAUUUCCUGACUGCCUGACAGCGGAGGAUGAAAAAUUCUGUCCGCCUGGGUCACUGUGUGGCGUGAACAGGUACGCCUGCGCUGACGGUAAAACCUGCAUCCGCAGGAAUCAGAUAUGUGAUGGGAUGAACGACUGUCCAGACUUUGACGAUGAGAAAGACUGUUCCUGUGAUGGUCCCGGGCAAUACAGAUGUCUCGGUAAGGAGGAGAAGUGUAUUCCUGUCGGUCUGGUAUGCGACAACAUGGAAGACUGUCCCGACGGCGACGACGAAAACUCUUGCCCGCCCGGCUGCAAGUGUAAUGAAGGCCAGUACAUUUGCCUGAGAGGGAAUACGUGUGUGAACCCCGAAGACCUGUGA